AUGUUUUUCCAUUUUCAUUUGAAAUGGAGUCUCAAACUUAGGUUUCCCACCCAAUGCUUCAAAAGGGGAUUAGUAUUGAAUGCGGAAUUGAAAUCAGUUCUGGAAAAACUUCCAGAUUCUGGCGUAAUCGUAGUGGGUGGAGGACAUGCGGGCUGUGAGGCUGCUGCGGGCUCUGCACGCUCUGGUACUCCCACUAUGCUAAUUACGCCGUAUUUAAAUAAAAUAGGAACUUGCUCGUGCAAUCCAUCGAUGGGCGGUGUUGGAAAAGGCACAUUGCUAAGAGAAGUUGAUGCCUUGGACGGCGUUGCACCUAAGGUAACUGAUAUUGCAGGUAUCCAGUUCAAAAUGUUGAACCAGAGUAAAGGUGCGGCUGUUUGGGGGCCAAGAGCACAAAUUGAUCGAGAGAUUUACCUCAAAGAAAUGCAAAAGGUUCUUUCAUCUUACACCAACUUGACUUUAUGCCAAGGUAAAGUUCAGGACAUCAUUAUUAAUACGGAAAACGGUAACAACGAUCUUGAAAAUAGGGCGUAUGGUGCUGUUGAGGGUGUGAUCCUUGAGGAUGGACGGAUUAUAAAAACUUCUAAGGUUGUGAUUACAACAGGAACGUUCUUGCGCGCUGAAAUUCAUAUUGGGAUGAAGAGUUUUCCCGCCGGGAGGAUAGGAGAAGAUCCUACGUAUGGCAUAAGUACUACACUGAAGGAUGCUGGUUUCAGAUUAGGAAGAUUGAAAACGGGUACACCAGCUCGUCUUGAUGGAAAGACCAUCAACUUUAAAGGUUUAGAAAAACAAUACGGUGAUAAAGUACCUCAUCCUAUGAGUUUUAUGAACGACCAGGUUAGUAUAAAAGAUCAGGUCUUGUGCUAUGGUACUCAAACUAGUCCAGCGGUGCAUGACUAUCUGAGAGCCAAUUUGCAUCGAUCACUGCAUAUUCGAGAAACUGUGAAAGGACCUCGCUACUGCCCUUCUAUCGAAGCUAAAAUAAUAAGAUUCUCUGAUAAGCACUCUCACAAAAUUUGGCUUGAACCUGAAGGAUUAUCUACUGAUAUUAUUUACCCGAAUGGUAUAUCGAAUUCCAUGCCCGAAGAUGUCCAAGAGCGUAUGUUAAGAAUGAUUCAAGGUUUGGAAGAUGUAAAAAUCAUACAGCCAGCUUACGGUGUUGAAUACGAUUAUAUCGAUCCGCGAGAGCUCGCUCCUACUCUAGAGACAAAGUUAGUCCAGGGUCUGUUUUUGGCAGGUCAAAUCAACGGUACAACAGGCUAUGAAGAAGCAUGUGCACAGGGUAUAAUUGCCGGUAUCAAUGCUGGCCUGUCAUACCAAGACAAAAAUAUGCUCACCUUGUCAAGAUCGGACGCGUACAUUGGUGUCCUGAUUGAUGAUCUAGUAACAAAAGGUGUUGAAGAACCCUAUCGAAUGUUUACCUCAAGAUCAGAGUUUAGAGUUAGUGUAAGAGCAGAUAAUGCGGACUUUCGCUUAACGGAAAUUGGUCAUCACCUGGGAGUAAUCACUGAUGCGAGAUGGCAGAAAUAUUUAAAGGACAAAUCUAUUUAUGCGCAGAUAAUGAGUGAGCUUAAGGCUUUGGAAUUUAGUGCUAAAAAAUGGGAUAGAUUGUUAAAUAUUUCAGUUGCAGAUGGAGCCAAAAAUCGCUCCGCUUGGGAAAUGUUAACCUUCCACACAGUAGACAUUCAAAAGUUGGUGGAUGAUAUUCCUAACCUUCAACUUAAAAUUGAAGAAAUUCCGAAACAUGUUCUAAUGAAACUAAACGUUGAAGGAAAGUAUGCCCCCUAUAUCAAGAAGCAAAAUCAAUUCGUGAAGGCAUUCCAAGCAGAUGAAAACAUGCUUCUACCAACUACCUAUGACUACUCGCAAAUAAACUCGUUAAGCACUGAAUGCAAAUCAAUUUUGAACAAAGUUCAACCGCUUACAAUUGGUCAAGCACGCAGAAUACAAGGUAUAACGCCGGCAUCUUUAUUCGAGCUCUAUAAGUUAGUAAGAUUCAAACAAAAAGAACUCGACUUGGAAAGAUCGAAGUUCCAAACUCCUUCAGAUCUAAUUACUGACUAA